GCAGUCCGCGAGAACGACAUCCUCUGCUUGCUUGAGUCUGAGCGUGAGGCCAGGCGUCUGCGUUAAACCCAAGUUGGGUUGUACAGCUGCGAUUAUGAUCAACGAUAUCUAGAGGGGGAUCACAAAAGUUAUAGCAUGGGUCGGUUAUGCAUGGCAGUGGCGUUUUCCACAGCGAAGGCGCGUGCGGUCAUGAGCUUUACUGGCACUUUCAUGAAUCGAUGAACUCCUCCAAUAUCCAUCGUUUGCCAGAUUUUGCAGGAGCAUGAACUUGAGCUAGUCCAGCUAAUAGGAUGGCACAUGCAGUACUCUGUGUAAAAAGUGAGUCUAGAGAUAACGCGCCAUCGUGACCUACCCUCCAACGGGCCUCGGCUAUUCGGUGUCCUGAACUCCAGCUCCCCAGAAUCCCUAUCUUACUACACCUUGUCACACAACCUGAACGAAGGAUCCUGUUUGUUUAAUCUGGAGUCCUCAGCUUCCGGCCUUCAAGAAACUAUGUCGAAACCAAAGAUCACGCUCUACGUUGACAUUGUCUCCCCAUUUGCUUACAUCGCAUUCUAUGUCCUGAGGAAUUCACCAGUUUUCAAGCAGUGUGACAUCACGUACACGCCUAUCUUUUUAGGAGGCUUGAUGAAGGCUUGUAAUAACACACCACCACUUCACAUCAAAAACAAAGACAAAUGGAUAGAAUCCGAACGCGUCCGCCUCGCUCAAACCUUCUCCGUCCCCAUUACCCCCAAAGCCCCCGUCGGUUUCCCCCUAAACACUCUCCCCAUCCAACGCGUCCUAGCCUCCCUCUCACUCUCUCACCCCGAGUCCGUCACCAGCGCGGUCGCCCUCUUCUACCAGAACUUUUGGGCACAUUGGGCGGAGCCGACGAAACCAGAGAACAUCUUGGCAACUAUCGAGGCGGUUGUAGGGAGCAAGGAAGAUGCGAGGAAGGUGGUGGAUAGAAUGAAGAGUGAGGAGGUCAAGGCGGCGUUGACGGCAAAUACGGAUAAGGCAUUUGGAGAGGGGGCGUUCGGCUUGCCUUGGUUUGUUGCAACGAAUACGAAGGGGGAGACACAGAGCUUUUGGGGUGUUGAUCGGUUGGGACAAUUGUGCGAUCAUUUGGAUCUUGAGAGGCCAGGUGGAAAAGGAUGGAAAGCGAUGCUUUGAGGGGAGUAGGUAUAAGAAGUUCGGCAUUUGAUACAGAGCAAUGGAGGUUGAUACUUUCCGGAAACUCUCCUCAUUUCCCAUAAUACACAGUUCCCCAGCUCUCAAAAAGCCCGUCGAGAUAACCGAUCAACAUACCCCUCAAUCCUGGGGCGGUUAUUAUCCCAUGACAAACCCUACCCACCGCCUUCGAUGGCUCUUUUCGGUAUAUCCAAACUUUCUCCGUCACUCCGGUUGGCAAUCGACUCGCAUUGAAGACACCAGUGGUGAUCAAAAUAAUCAACAUAACCAUACCCCCAAACAUCGUCAACCACGGUCUCUGCACUUUCACGCCUC